CCAAUAAAGCAGCUUCCUAUAUUUGACCGAUACCUUAAUGCGUGUUAUAUUUCAAUUCAUCUUCUCAAUAUUUUCUCUGAGUCAAAUCAUCAAACACUUGGCCUUCGUUCUCAAAAUUCUCCAUUUUCCCACCAUUUUCUCUGCACCAAAACCUCAAGAAAUCUCUCUUCUCGAGAUGGGGUUUUUGAAAGAAGAUAGAAAAACCAAAGUUUUGAGAUGGGUCAAAACUCUUUUUUUCUUGAUUUCUAUGUUGAUAUCACUUCUACUGUUUUCUGCACCAAUUCUUAUUGUAAUUGCAGAUACACUUCUUCCUUCACUUUUAUUAUCUGCUUCAAUUUCACUGUCUUCACUUUCAAUUCAAUCUCUUUCUUCUCACUUAAGCAACUAUGAUUUUCGAUAUUCACUUGUUGAUAUCCCUCUCAUCUCCAUCGUUAGGUCCGUCAUCAUUCUAUGUGUUUAUAGCUUAUGUGAUGGACCAAGGUUAUCAAGAGGUCCAUAUUUGGGGAUUGCUACAAUUUGUUCUGUUUCAUCAUUGGUGUUUGUGUCCUUGAAGGCUUCAUAUGUGUUUGCACAUAGUUCGAGUAUGGAUCGAGGAGGAUAUGUUCGAGUUAUGGAGAUGGCGUUGUUCGUAUGCUCGUUAGCAUUGGCUGUUGCUCAUGUAGUUGUGGCUUAUAGAAUUAGCUGCAGGGAAAGAAGAAAGCUUCUUGUUUACAAGAUUGAUAUUGAAGCUGUCUCAGCAUUAAAAACCGGAUCUUUUUAUCGAUAUCUUAAAGUAACUCCCUUCAGAAAGACUGAAGUAAAACUCAAAUCUACAGAAUCCAUAUCCACAUGAAGUUGUUAUUUUAUUUCCUUUGGACCAAAUCCAGUUUCCACAGUGCAGGUUUCAGAUAUAUCCAAAGGAGAUCUGAAGUCUAAUUAGUAAAGAAAAAUAGUCUAUAUAUGUAUACUAUAAAGCAUAUAAAAAGAAAAAAAACAACAAAAUUUUAUGUAUAUGUGUGCAAAUGUGGUGUGUUCUGUAUCAGCAAUUAGUUAAAUAUAGAUACAGUGAUACAGGACAAGAGCAUUAUGAUUCAGCACCCAUUGCUCUCUCUCUCUCAGCUUACACAACUUGUACAGAUAUUUGUUCUAUUUUAAUGCCAAUUGUGUUUCAUAGAUUAGAAGAUA